AUGGACGGUGGCUUCGGCGCUCGAUGCUACCAUAUCGAUGACUCCACCGCCGCCACCGGGCGCCUCUUGAGGCGGCGCAAGUGGGUUAAGCGCGAGCGCGACUCCUUCGACUACUACGACGACUUCUCCGACUUCCGCUGCCGUGCCGGCGGCAGCCGCCUCGACUCCGACGAUGACCACUGGCUGGCGUACGAGGCCCCGCUCUUGCCAGGAAAGCGCCGCUGCACAGCCGUCUCGUCGUCCACCGCCGCCGUCAACCCGGGACGGUGCCUCCGCCACCGGUCUCUGCCGCAGCCUCCGCGGCCCCGGCACCCAGCGUGCCGCCGAACGUGGGGGCGAGCAGCCCCGCCGGUCACCGGUGUCGUGCCCAGGGCGUCGUCCUCUUAUUUGCGUUUGAUGAGGCCGCGGCGCUCUACGGCUGCGCUACUUGGUUCUGUGCGUCCAUCAUCUGGCGUUUUGUCGAUGGAGGGCCUCGCCGGAAGAUCUGCAUCCGCUCCAAAGGCGGCGCCUUUGGGGAAGUACGCGAGCGUUUUGUCGACGGAGGGCCUCGCCGGAAGAUCCGCAUCCACUCCAAAGGCGGCGCCUUUGGGGAAGUACGCGACUUCGGAGAAGUACGGUCGGGACAUGACAGCUGAGGCCGGCAAGAUGGACCCAGUGAUCGGCCGCGACGACGAGAUCGACCGCGUCGUCUGCAUCCUCUGCCGCCGGACCAAGAACAGCGCCAUGCUCGUCGGCGCUCCCGGGGUCGGCAAGACGGCCAUCGCCGAGGGCCUGGCGCAGCGCAUCGCGGCAGGGGCGGUCCCCUCCCCGCUCGUUGGGGCGCGUGUCGUGGAGGUCGACCUCGGCGCGAUGGUUGCCGGGACCCAGUACCGCGGCAUGUUCGAGGAGCGCAUGAAGAAGGUGAUCCAGCAGGCGGAGGCUGCUAACGGCAAGGUCGUGCUGUUCAUCGACGAGGUGCAUAUGCUACUUGGCGCUGGGCAGACCAAGGGUGGAUCAAUGGAUGGUGCCAAUCUGCUGAAGCCUGCUCUGGCUCGUGGCCGCAUCCGCUGCAUUGGCGCCACGACGUUCGAUGAGCACCGUAAGUAUGUUGAGAAGGAUGCUGCGUUUGAGCGACGGUUCCAGAAGGUGCACGUGCAGGAGCCAAGCGUUCUGGCGACAAUUGACAUUCUUCAGGGCCUCAAAAAGAAGUAUGAAGAGCACCAUGGCGCUGCAAUCCAGGACGCGGCCAUAGUAGCAGCUGCCCAGCUUGCCAAUCGGUACAUUACAGGUCGCCAAUUUCCUGAUAAGGCAAUUGAUCUUAUUGAUGAAGCAUGUGCCACUGCAAGGAUGCAAAGAGAUAACAUAUUGAAAGGAAGUACAACACAUCUUCUCCCUGAAAAUGUCGCGAACCAAGCUGUUUCACCAGGCCAAAUUGCAGAGGUUGUGAGUCGAUGGACUAGCAUUCCUGUCAAUACACUUGACCAGGAUGAGAAGGAAAGGUUAAUGCACCUGGCUGAUAGAUUGCGUGAGCGAGUUGUUGGCCAGGACGCAGCAGUUAAUUCAGUAGCACAAGCUGUGCUAAGCUAUCAUGGACAUCAGGAUGGAGGACAGCUAACCGAGAAAGUCAGGCAACAGCCAUACAGUGUAAUUCUUUUCGAUGAAAUUGAGAAGGCCGAUCCAGCAGUGUUUAAUGUUUUUCUCCAGCUUCUUGAUGAUGGUUUGUUGACUGAUGGUAAAGGCAGAACUGUUGAUUUUAAAAAUACCACCAUCAUUAUGACUUCAAAUCUUGGAGCUGAGUACCUAAUGGAAGCAAUAUCUGGUGAAAAAACAAUGGAGGCUGCACGUGACCUUGUCAUUAAGCAGGCACAGAAACAUUUCAGACCUGAGUUCCUGAACAGGCUGAGCGAGCUUGUGGUAUUUGAGCCACUAUCCCAGGAUAAAAGGAGAAAGCAUUAUGGUGCAAGGCCAAUCAGGAGGUGGUUGCAAAAGAAUGUGAUGACAAAGCUCUCUGAGAUGCUUUUUAAAGGAGAAAUUGAUGCAGAUACUGCGGUCAUUAUUGAUGCUUGUGAUGAUAAGAAAUGUCUGAAGUAUGAAGUCGUGAAGAACGUGCCAACAAGCAAGGCACAGCGCCAUCGACUUGUUGUGGAGAUUCCUAGCGACUCCGACAGUGACGACGAUGGUGUUGAACUCACUGAUCCUAUAGCGAAAAAAAUGAAGGGGAUAGCCAUAUCAUCUUCUGAGGAAUAA